AAGGGAAAUAAAUUCGGUGUGAUUUAUCCCCAUUGUUAUUUGAAACACUGAUAAAAGAUGCUUGAAUAGAGAUCCGAUAUCCAUUUAAUACAUUUGAAAUCAGAAACCUUGUGGACUUCUACUUUAACUUUUUGAUUUGUUGAUGUAUUGUGAAGGAUGUUAUUCUCUUCAGUUAUCGCUAUGAAAGCAGUUACUGUGAUUCGCCGUGAUGGCGCAGAGAAUUCCAAUCUUUAAAGACGAUCUCAGUUUCGCAGAACGCCAAAGUCGAGUUUGGGGAGACAUGGAGCGAGAUUUGGAAAGACGCAGACGGGAAUGGGAGGAUGAAAUUGAGCGCAUGCGCAAAGACUUUUUCACUCUAAAACCGGAAGACAAUGGACGAUUAGAAUCGAUCAGUGACAAAUUUAAAAUGGGAGAUAGCUUGAAGGAUGAGGCAAGAGGUGUUGUUGAACAAGACGAACAUGGCAAACCAGUAUUUCGCGUACGGUUUAAUGUUGCUACUUACCAGCCAGAGGAAGUAAGUGUUAAAAUAGAUACGAAUAAGCUUAUUGUACACGCAAAGCAUGAGGAAAAAUCUGGCAACAAAAGUGUCAGUCGCGAAUAUAGCCGCGAAGUGGAUUUACCACGUGAUAUCGAUGCUAUGGCCCUUCAGUGUUCUAUCUCAACUGACGGAAUUCUAACCGUCGAAGCACCAAUGCCAAGUCAGCAGUACGGAGCGGUCAAAGACGGCGGAACACCGCGAGCUAUUCCGAUGGAGCACAUCAUCCAAACAAGCACUGCGCCGCCGCCUGUAGCAAGUGGAGCUCGCAAUACACCUCCACCAGUGCAGCCACAACAACAACAAACGCUACAGCAUCAACCACAACAGCAGAAGCAUUCGUCAACCUUCACGACUUUCUUGUCGGGAGCAUCACCACAGAAAAGCCAGACGACACAGCCUGUGACGUCAUUUCCGCCGCAAAGCCCUCCACAGGCAAUGUCUUCACCUCCGCCACCGCCACCUCAGGCAAGUUCAUUCAGCAAUAUACAAGAAUCAGAUAGAAAGUUCAAAGUUGAUGUGGAUAUUGAAGAUUUUGCGCCAGAAGAACUUUCAGUUAAAACGGUAGACCGGAAGUUAGUUAUUAGCGCGAAAAGGGAAGAAAAGUUAGGAAACAGAACAUCAACAAAAGAAUUGAAUAGGGAAAUACACCUUCCGGACACUGUUGAUCCAUAUUCUGUGAAAGCUUUCUUUUCUGACACUGGGAAAUUGAUUGUAGAAGCACCAUAUGUAAGAUCUGUGCCGAUUUCGCAUUAUUCAGACGGAUUUAGCAACGUAGCCGGACGAUAACAUUAAAGAAAGUAAGGCCAAGGAAAAAUGAUCUGUUUCUUGUCUAUUUUCAUUAUCAACAAAGUUGUCCCUGGUUUAACUAGAACUACUUAUCACGCGUUAUGGGGAAUCAGAUAGUUCUUAUAUUCUGUUUUACCCGGAAGGGCAUUAACACGGAAAGGCAUUGCACGGAAGGACAUUUAGAAGCAAAACUAUGACAACAUUAUCAUGCCUCCGCGCCACUCACAUGUUAGGUCUAUGAGAGACCUGUUUGGAUAACAUACGUCGGAAAAAUAUAUCAUAUGACUUUGAUUCAUACUCUCUCGUGAAUGAAUUAAUUUGCGUAGGUUUUGAAAGAGUCGUAAUGGGCGUCUGUGACUUACUAGUAACUCGACGAAACAAAAGCAAACGAUCUAAUAACUACAAGUUGGAGUGAAAAACAGUAUUUCCUUGACUUUUCUUUACAGUUCUAUAUAGUAGUGGUAUAUUUCUUCGUGACAAUGAAAGCUGAAAAUUUUGAUAAUGUGAAAGUGCAGUUUGAAGAAUUUGACGUGAAAAUGUAGGUUGAUGAAUUUGCUAGUGUGAAAAUUGAAGUUCAUUAUAUUUAGAAUAAGGGAUCAGUUAUAGUGUACUUUUACAUAUGGUUAGCACAACAGUAUCAUGGCUCAAUGAGUAGUCAUAUGUUAGAAAGACGAAAAAUUAUGGUCGAAUUCUAUUGACGACUGGUUGACGGACAAGAAACAGACAUUUUAUGCCUAGCUAGAUGUUAAAUAUGUUGCAUUCUGAAGUAUUUAUUACAUUCUGAGAUUAAGCAGUAAAACUAAAUAUAGUGUAGAUAAAUAUGGUUUAAUAAGCAGACGAUAAAUGUUAAUACUGUCGUCUGCAAUUUUGAGUUAGUGUAUUAGAAUAGUGCUUUACAAGACUUUUUUUCAGUUAAUGACUAAUUUACAGUCUGUUGUCAGGUAUGUUUAAGGGGAGUUAAAAAUUUAUUGCUUUUAAGCAUGAUUGUAGUAGGUAAUUUGUUAUAAGAUACAUGUAAAUGAAAACGAAUGUAUAUGUAUGUCUAUACUGUCCACACCUAUUAGAUAAAUGAACAUUUGUCAAAAUUGCUACAGACUCCAUAAAUCAUUGUUACAAAUUUGCUCUUACUUUCGGACACACAGAAAUAGCCGUCAUCAUGUAAAUGUUACAAUAAAAUAGUCCACAUGAACUUGAUGAUGAUGUAAUUCGGUUUUUAUAAAUGUGAAGUAUUUUACAGCAUUAAGCCAAAGAAAAAUACAUACGUUGAAAAAUGAAACACUAAUUGAAGUUAUUUAUAACACCUGUCAUUUAUGUAUUUAAGCAUGACAUAUGCCAGUAUGUAAAAUAUAGUUUAUUUUCCAUUUCAUAUUUAAUUGUCUUAAUGUCUGUAUUAAAUCUUUAUGCAUUUGAAACGCA